GACGAUCUUUCUCUAUCAAACACACACACACACACAACAAAUAAACCGUAUCUCUGUCUCGAUCCUUCUCUAUAUCGAUUCUUAAUCAAUAAAAAAAACCCUCUAUUUCGAUCCAUGCCUCUCUGUCUUGAUCCUUCUCUAUCAGAAUAACAGACACAACAAAUAAAACCAUUCAUCGAUUCGUGAUCAAUCCAUAUAUACACCGCUACCAGCAGCUCGAUUCGUGACGCCACCAAUAGAUUCGUGAUCAAUCCAUAUAUACACCGCCACCAGCAGAUCGAUUCGUGCUCAAUCGAUAUAUAGGGAAAGACGUCGCCACCAGCAACGAUCUAUUAAUUACACCCGCCAUCAAAAGCAUUGUUGAUCAUGGAUGUUUUAAAGAAUGGAUGGAUGGCCACGAUGAAUCUAGUUCAAAUGAUGUAUGUUCUCAUGAUAGCGUUUAAUUGGUUUUUUUUCCCAGCAUUAAUGACCGAAAUCAAAUCGACCUGGGCAACAUUAAUCUGGUCGACUAAUUUCCAAUUGAACACAGAGAUAAUGCAAAAUGCUCUCUUUUCUGCCAGUGAGACCACCAAGUAUUGUGGCUGCAGUACUUUAAGAAGCUUGCUAGAUGGUUUUGGGGUAAGAGUUAUAUACAAUUGGGUGCUGAAAUUUAGGAGUCAAAGGUUUAACUUCUGAAAGUCAAAGGCAGAAAUGACUUAGUGUUUUAUGUGCAGGUUUGACUUCUAAAAGUCAAAGGCAAAAAUGACUCAGUGUUUUAUGUAGUUCUGGUCACCGAAUCAUCUAUCACGUCAUAUAAUAUAUAGACACGAUACGUUACGACAUCUCGCGCACAAUAAACGAGCGUCGGUGCAACGCUCGGGUACUAGGCUAGUAAUAAUGAAUGUAAUUUGUUUUGUUACGUACAUUGUAAUUUGAAAUGGAGACACCGAAUCAACUAAUACAAAUGAAUUGUACAAUGAGAUGUAAAAAUGUAAAGGUAGCUCAUGACAUCAA